AGCACGUUCCCUCUAAGAAAUAAGACUAAAAUAAAUGAUGGGGCCGGUGAGAGACGACAGUUUAAAUUCAAGCACUAACCACCUGGUCGAUGUAACGCCCAAAAGGAACAGGAGAUGGAAAAAAUUUCUUAAAGGGAGAACCUCAAACGAGAAGAAAUUGAUUUUAGCUGUAUUUCUUCUUUCCUUAAUAACAUUUUCAUUGUUCGUAGCGCUAAUUGUAAUUUCGUCAAACCGGCAAAAAAGGCUAUGCUAUUCUCAAGAGUGUAUCAAAUCAGCUUCCAUGUUCAUCGAAAACAUGGAUACAAGGCAAGAUCCGUGCGUUGAUUUUUACCAGUACGCGUGUGGAAGGUGGUCCGAGGCACACGUGACACUGACGGACACGAACUCCUGGUUUACGGAUCGUACGAAAUUCCUUUCGACGAAAGUGGCCGGUAUUCUGCAGGAUAACAGCACGUCUGAAGAUCCUUUGGCUUUAUCCUACGCAAAGUCGAUGUUCAACUCAUGCAUGGAUACAGACAGGCUCGACGAGUUGGGAAUUGCCCCGAUGAUGGAUAUAAUCGAAAGUACCGGCUUGCCUAGGAAGCUGCCCACCGAAGAGACAGCCGCGAAGUUCAGCAUAUCCAGCGUCUUGGCCAGGAUACAACGUGUGGUCAGCAUGGAUCUGCUGAUCCAGCUGUCGCUGGCCAUCGACCCCGAGACCAACUUAACAAUGAUCAUGGUCAGCCCAGCGAUCGGUGUCUCCAGCCUUCCAGAGCUGGUUAGCAGCGAGGAUAAAGUGUCCAUUUCCGCCAAAGAGGCCAUCGCCCUCAGGAUCGCCUACAUGACGGGUGUGUUGGCGGAAAUCGACCCCACAGCAAACGUAACAGACCUCGGGGCAACGGCUUUGAAAAUUUUGGUCCUCGAUUCACAAAUAAGAGCGGACAUCGCCAGGUCGUAUUUCGAAGGAGUUCCUGAGAAAAUGACGUUGGCGGAGCUCCAAGACUUUACCGAUAAUACAAAUCUGACAAUGCCAGCGUCGAUGAAGCUGGAUUGGAACGAAUACAUGACUGUCCUGUUGAAAGAUCUAGGAAAAACUGUCAGCAUGAACGAUUCCGUCUAUGUUGACCGGAAAGACUACUUUGUCGCCAUGGCAAAAAGGCUUCAUAAAGCUAAGCCAGAAACUUACCUUGAUGAUGAUUGUAAUCACAAUUCCGGUAUGCCGAGGGAUUCACAUGGCCCACUUCGUUCACACGACUUCAUGCAAAGAGAAAUGUCAAGGUUGUGGGAAGACAACCGCGACCCUCUGCCUCUGGCUUCUUCCUUUAAAUUUCCCACAGCAAUAAAUCGACUUAAACGUCCCGGCGACUGGAUACGAAAGAAUUUUGAACCUUUGCAGGAACGUUAUCUAUGGUGGAAAUUGGUUUCUGCUAUGGUACCUCAUACAACUAAUGAUCUAAGAUCUCUUAAAGAUGAUCUUUAUGAAGCUCUCUUCAAGAAGCAAAGAGUGACAAGAACCCACAAAUGCGUAAGAUAUGUGAAAAUGUUUUUCAACAUGGCCAUCAGCUACAAGUUUUCAAAGAUGUACGAUCUCAAAGAUACUAUUGAAAAAAUUAAUUGGAUGUUACAAGAUAUUAAGAAUUCGUUUAAAUGGCUCGUUUCUUCCUUCAGCUGGAUGGACGAUUCGACGAAAAGGAAUGCUCAGAAAAAAGCCACCGCGAUAAAAAGUUUCAUCGGUUACCCUACUUGGAUUUCUAAAAAGGGGGAGAUCGAUUUAGCUUAUAAAGAUAUUGAGAUUGUAGACGGUCAGUUCCUUCAGUCUAUGGUCAGUAUAAAAAGUGUAGAAGUGAAGAAUAUCCUGAAACAAGUGGGGCUGCCAAGUGAAAACAAGACUCAUGAAUGGAUUUCAGAUCCAAUGGAGGUAAAUGCAUUUUAUGGCAGAGAAUCAAAUGCAAUAGCGAUACCAGCAGGAAUUUUGCAAGCUCCAUUCUAUUAUUUGGGGCUUGAGUCAUUAAAUUAUGGCGCAAUAGGUACCAUUCUAGGACAUGAACUUACUCACGCAUUUGAUAUAGAAGGCAAAGAUUACGACAGCAACGGCCUAAAAAUUUCUUGGUGGGAUGAAGUAAUGAUGAAAGAAUAUAACAAAAGGGCCCAAUGUUUUGUGAACCAAUACAGCAAAUUCAGUGUUUCAAAGGACAACAGGUUGAAUGGAUCACUGACCCUUGCUGAGAACAUUGCAGACAAUGGUGGCGUGAGGGAAGCAUACCACGCUUACAAAAGAUUUGUCGAAAGGAAUGGCGAGGAGCCUUUACUCCCUGGAUUAGAUCAUUAUUCUCAUGAUCAACUUUUCUUCCUCGCUUAUGCCAACGUAUGGUGUGAAAAAACUAGUAUCGAGGAUGAUGUAUUAUCCUUGAGCGAUGUACACAGCCCUAACAAAUUUCGUGUCAUUGGCACUUUGAGCAACUUGAGAGCAUUUUCUGAAGUCUGGAACUGCCCCUCGAAUUCCAAAAUGAAUCCAAAUGGCAAGUGUGUACUUUGGUAAUGUUGGCUAAUAUUUAAUACCAUGCUGUUUGCCUUCAAGGGAAAUUUAUUAUUUAUUAAUCUGUGAUAAAAAUAUAUUUAUAGUUUAAGUUAGGGGGGACCAAGAAUAAUGUUAUUUUAAACCGAGGGUUAAACUAUUUUUUGAGCUUGAUAUACAGUUGUCAUAAAAUUCACUUGCUAAGUGCCUUUUACUGUUAAUUUAACAAACUUGGAUUGUUAAAACAUUGUACCUUUUAUCAAAUGUAGUAAAAACUGUUUUACUGAAUGUGUCUUCUAAUACACAUUGAUUUGUUCACAACAUAAUUGUUUUUGUCACUUAUUUCUAUUCACUUAUUAAUAAAAU